CUUUCGAACAAUACAGGCUAGCCAACUGUCAUAUAACUUUCAACCGAUUAUACAAAACAUUUUCGGAAAAACCCAAGUGCGACGUUAUUUUGUUUGAAAAUUUGAUUUACCAGAACAGUUGAGUCAUUUGAUCUGUUAAAUUUGCUGCGCGUGAAGAAGGACAUAAAAGAAGUUAGAAAUUACUAAUUUGUUAUAAAAUCAGUGCAGUUUGCAGUAAUUUUUAUUUUCCAGAGUAUUUCUUGAAUAUCGUAUGUCCAUCCAGAAUCUAAACACAUUUGACCCCUUUGCUGAUGCAAGUAAGGGUGCAGACGAUGAUGUACAAGACGGACUCGUUCAUAUAAGAAUACAACAACGUAAUGGUCGUAAAACUCUGACUACUGUUCAAGGACUAUCAAAAGAAUAUGACCUGAAGAAAAUUGUUCGAGCAUGUAAAAAGGAGUUUGCAUGUAACGGAACAGUAAUCGAACAUCCAGAAUACGGUGAAGUCCUUCAAUUGCAAGGCGAUCAACGAGAAAAUAUUUGCCAGUGGCUUACGAAAGCAGGUUUGGCAAAACCCGACCAAUUAAAGGUCCAUGGUUUCUAAUUUACCUUAGAGGUGAUAAUUUUAAUAUAUGUAAAUGUCGCGCUUUUAUUUGAAUCACGGAAUUUUUAACAGCAUGUGCCCAUUCAAAGUUGCUAGCAGCUAGCGGUUAGCAAUUUUGUCCAAUAAUUUUAUAAUUGUGCCUUUCCAUAAAUACAUUAGUUCUCAAAUAUUGUGU